AUGUCAACUACCUUUCCAGGUCUCGUCCACGAUGCAGAGAUACGUCAUGACGGAUCAAACAGUUACCGUUUGAUGCAGCUUGGAUGCCUGGAGUCUGUGGCCAACUCGACCGUCGCCUAUUCCUCCUCAUCUCCUCUCACUUAUUCUACCACGGGCACCGAGUUCGCUUCCCCGUACUUCUCCACUAACCACCAGUACACCCCACUGCACCAUCAGUCCUUCCACUACGAGUUCCAACACAGCCACCCGGCAGUCAACCCCGACGCUUACUCCUUGAACUCUCUCCAUCACUCCCAGCAAUAUUACCAGCAGAUCCACCAUGGGGAACCCACUGAUUUUAUCAACCUGCACAAUGCGCGGGCGCUCAAGUCCUCUUGCUUGGACGAGCAGAGGAGAGAGCUGGGGUGCUUAGAUGCUUACCGCCGCCACGACCUGUCUCUUAUGAGCCAUGGAUCCCAAUAUGGGAUGCAUCCAGAUCAAAGACUCCUGCCAGGACCAAGCCUCGGGCUUGCAGCCUCGGGAGCAGACGAUUUGCAGAGCUCAGUGGAGGCCCAGUGUGGACUUGUACUGAACGGGCAAGGAGGUGUGAUAAGAAGAGGUGGCACCUGUGUUGUUAACCCCACCGACCUCUUCUGCUCUGUUCCUGGCCGCUUAUCUCUCCUCAGCUCCACUUCGAAGUACAAAGUGACCAUUGCAGAGGUGAAGAGGCGCCUUUCACCACCAGAAUGCCUCAAUGCUUCCCUCUUAGGAGGUAUUUUGAGAAGAGCUAAAUCCAAGAAUGGAGGACGCUGCUUGCGAGAGAAAUUAGACAGACUGGGACUGAAUUUGCCUGCAGGAAGAAGAAAAGCAGCAAAUGUCACACUCUUGACUUCCUUGGUAGAAGGGGAAGCAUUACAUUUGGCCAGAGAUUUCGGCUACACCUGUGAAACAGAGUUCCCUGCCAAGGCAGUAGGAGAGCACAUUGCCAGACAGCACAUGGAACAGAAAGAGCAGACAGCAAGGAAAAAGAUGAUCCUAGCAACAAAACAAAUAUGUAAAGAAUUCCAAGACCUUCUAAGUCAAGACAGAUCACCCCUCGGAUCCUCCAGACCAACUCCAAUAUUAGACCUCGACAUCCAGAGACAUUUAACACAUUUCAGUUUGAUCACUCAUGGUUUUGGAACUCCUGCAAUAUGUGCUGCCCUAAGCACUUUCCAAACUGUUCUCAGUGAAAUGCUGAACUACUUGGAAAAGCACACGUCGCACAAAAGCGGAGGAGCGGCGGAAUCCGGCCAAGGACACGCCAACUCGGAGAAAGCCCCCCUGCGGAAAACUUCAGAGGCUGCUGUGAAAGAGGGCAAAACAGAAAAGACAGACUAGCUACAUCAAACAGAAUCUAUUUCAAGAGAGUUCUUGCUGCUGAUAUUUUUUUUAACAUAUAUAUAUCAUUGAGGGCAAUUUAUCUCCGGUGGACCAAAAUCCGCCCCCCCUAAAAAACAC